AUGCCUAAUGAAAUCAGAGACAUCUGUACAAGCUGGGUCGACAAAGAAAAUGCCAUUUUCGUCGAGAAGAAUGUCUCCAUCCCAACGACGGACUCGCUCUGUCCAAUCCGCUGCAACGUUUACCGGCCAUUGCAGACCCAGACAUCGGGCUCGCAAUUUCCUGUAAUCAUGACCUAUGGACCGUACGGCAAGGAUAUACCCUACAGCAAAUUCCACCCGGCGUCUUUUGCAGAGCUCAAUCCAGCCCAAAAGUCUCGUCACUCAGUCUGGGAGACUCCCGACCCUGUUUUUUGGUGUCAUAAGGGCUACGUCGUUGUGCGCUGCGACGAGCGUGGCUUUGGUCAGUCUCCUGGAUAUCUCGAUUCCAUGUCGGCCGAUACAGCAGAUUCGUUUUGUCAAGCAAUUGAAUGGGCCUCGGAACAGCCGUGGUCAACCGGCAAAGUAGGCUUGCUCGGUGUGAGCUACUUUGCUGGAACGCAGUGGCGUGCUGCUGCGCGAUCUCCGCGCGGCCUGGCCUGCAUCAUCCCGUGGGAAGGCAUGUCUGAUUAUUAUCGUGACCGAUGCCGGCAUGGCGGUAUUCUGUCAGACAAUUUUAUUCGCUUUUGGUGGAACCGGCAAGUCAUCACAAACCAGUACGGUCUACCCGGCAGGUUGAAGAAAGAUUGGGGCGACGACACCAUUGAGGGAGAUUUGUCUGAGGAAGAGCGCGAAAAAGCUAGAUGCGACCAAACCAUCGACAAUGUUUCGCACAGAUUUCGCGAUGAACCAUACUACGCGACGCGAGACUUUUCUUUGGAAGACGUGCGUGUACCACUCUUGUCAGUGGCCAACCUGGGCGGCAUUUCUCUGCAUCUACGGGGGAACGUUCACGGGUACAUGUACGCCGGCUCCAAGUUCAAGUACCUCCGCUUCAUUGUGGGCCGUCAUGAUCUUCCAUUCUAUUACGAGAAGGAGGCUGAGCUUCAGCUCAGCUUUCUAGAUGCGUGGCUGAAAAAUGAAGACCGCGCUGGCUGGACACGGCAGGGCAAGGUCAAGCCCGUGAGUCUCAUUUUACGCAAAGGCAAUGUCGGCUACAAUGACCAAGAGUCUGAGAAGGCAUUUCUACGACGCGAAGAAAUGGACUGGCCUAUAGCACGCACCGAUUACAGGCGCUAUUAUCUCACCAGGGAAAAUGGACUUCAAUUGGCCAUGACCACCAGUGACUCAGCGCGCUUGACGUAUUCGGCCCUGGGGCAAGUCAAGGAGCAGAACAAGUUGCAAUUUACGUCGGCGCCAUUUGUAGCUGAGACGGAAAUCACGGGCCAUAUAAUUGCGCACUUGAACGUGUCCAUAAGUGCCGUCGCUCCGACGCAAAGCACUCCGUGGGACAUGGACCUGUUUGUUACACUGCGCCAUCUCGAUGCCCAAGGAAACGAAAUCUUGUAUACUGGAACAGUGGGGGACCCUGUGCCAGUAGUCAAGGGGUGGCUGCGUUGUAGUCUUCGCAAGACAAAUCCAGAACACGCGCGACAUCGCUACUACCUUCCGUAUCGCGAAUACUUCUCCACAGACGAGGAACCUAUGACGGUGGAUGAGAUUUAUGAGGUGGACAUUGAAGUCUGGCCCACAUCGGUAGUCAUUUCGCCUGGGCAUAGGCUACUUUUCGAAGUGUCUUCAGGAGAUACAGAUGGCAGCGGCCUGUUCUUACAUCAAGAUCCCGUUGAUCGCGAUAAGAAGCGCUUGUCAGGGCUCAAUCACAUUCACUUUGGCAAUGGGAGACACAAUUUCAUACAGCUGCCCAUUAUCCCUACUUAG